AUGCUUGCUGUAGGAGCUUGUUUCACUGACUGUGUCUUCACGGACGAGUGCACAGUUCAAACCAAGUUUCGCUGCAUAAAACAAGGUGAUCAGUACUCGAGGAUGCGUAACCGAGCCAAGCAUCCGGCGAAAGUCCAUAUUUGGGGUGGUAUUUCUGUGAGAGGAACCACCCAAUUCGCUAUUCUUCCGGGAAAUUGCCGGAUUGAUAGCGAGCUGUACUGCAGAAUUCUAGAGAGAUUUUACCUCCCUUCCAAAUCUAAAUUGUACAGCGGUUUGUUUUGUUGUAUUAUCAAUUGUAGCUUUUCAAUUCUGAAGUUUCUCACUCUAGGGUUUUGCCGUCUCGUGCAAGACAAUGCACCACCCCACAAAAGCCGUUAUACGAGAGAUAAGCUAGAAAGAUGGGAGGUCGAAACAGUGGCGUGGCCUCCAGAGUCACCUGACCUCAACCCGAUUGAGUUAGUUUGGGGAAACAUGAAAGUCUGUAUCAGGUAUUUGAUAAUUCUGAUCGUGCAACUUGAAAUACUCUGUAUUGCUACAAAUCACAUUAGGAAGCAAGGAGUGCGCAACUUGGACGACCUUAAAGUAGCGAUCGCCCGGUACUGGAAGACGCUAACCCCAGAAAAAUGUGCGCGAGCAUUUACGUUGCUGGGAUCAGGAAAAGAUGGAGAAGGGUUGGUAGAGGCAAGCGUGGGGAAGAAAUAUAGUCGAAGUAAAAGUAAGGAAUCCUUUACUGUUUGUUUUUGUUUGUAUGACUGUGUUUUUUAG